CCCCUACUUCUUCGCACCUUCUCCAUUUCACUUCACCUCUAUAUAUUACACCACUUCCCCUUGAUCAUUUUCUUCAGGUCACGCAACUUAGAGAAAAUUAACUAUUCCAUUUCCUUGUUUAUAUACAUACAUAUUCAUCACCUUCCUUGAUCUUGUUGCAUGGCUCCGGAGAUUGUGAGAGUAAGUGAGAAAAUGGUGAAACCAAGAAUUGUAACGAGUGGGGAGAGGGCCUACGUGACGUUUUUGGCUGGUAAUGGUGAUUACGUGAAGGGUGUAGUUGGGUUAGCUAAGGGGCUAAGAAAGGUCAAAUCGGCGUACCCGCUGGUGGUGGCGGUUCUGCCGGAUGUGCCGGCGGAGCACCGCCGUAUACUGGAGGAGCAAGGUUGUAUCAUCAGGGAGAUUGAGCCCGUUUACCCACCUGAGAACCAAACUCAAUUCGCCAUGGCUUAUUACGUCAUAAAUUACUCUAAGCUUCGUAUUUGGGAGUUUGUGGAGUACAAGAAUAUGAUAUACCUAGACGGUGACAUUCAGGUGUAUGACAACAUAGAUCACCUCUUUGAUUUGCCAGAUGGUUAUUUCUACGCAGUCAUGGACUGUUUCUGUGAGAAGACAUGGAGUCACACUCCUCAAUACAAGAUUGGCUACUGCCAGCAGUGUCCGGACAAGGUCAAAUGGCCUACUGAGGAAUUGGGUCCUCCUCCUUCCCUUUAUUUCAACGCUGGGAUGUUUGUGUUUGAGCCCAGCCUUCAUAUUUAUGAUGACCUUUUGAAGACUCUUCAGAUUACUCCUUCUACUCCUUUUGCAGAGCAGGACUUCUUGAAUAUGUAUUUCAAGGACAUUUACAGACCAAUACCUUUAGUUUACAAUCUUGUUCUAGCAAUGUUAUGGCGCCAUCCCGAGAAUGUUGAAUUGGAUAAAGUGAAAGUUGUACACUAUUGUGCAGCGGGAUCAAAGCCAUGGAGAUACACAGGGGAAGAAGAAAAUAUGCAAAGGGAGGACAUAAAAUUACUGGUGAAGAAGUGGUGGGACAUUUACAAGGACGAAUCAUUGGACUACAAGAAUGCGGUUGCUGUUAAUAACCAGGUGAUAGCUGAUGCAGCUGAAGCAGUGAACCAGCUGCAACCGCUGAUUGCUGCUGCUAUGGCCCAGGCUGACGCGGUCAAAUACGUGACUGCUCCCUCUGCUGCUUAGUUUUGGACUACUCCGCCAAAUGGCUCUUAGAUUAGGUUAAUCUCCCUUGUAUACCCAUUCCUCUAAUCUCAAAUUUGCAAGCGGACCUCUAAAAGAGGUCCUGGAUUUUCCAAUAGAGUAGACGGCAGAGGAUGUUGUUAAUGUUUUGGCAGCUUCUUUCCCCAAGUGAAGUUCGAUGAUCUCGUUGUAUUUUUGAAGUGAAAUGUGUGGCACAAAGUAGUGUAAGGUGUAUAUUUGUGUUUGGUGUAAUGCAUGAAUUUGGCUGUGUUCUUGAUUCAGAUUACAUCUCCAUUCUUUUUC